CUCCAGGGACUCCACGGUGUGCAGCAGCUGCCAGGAGAGGGAUCCACCUGGAGAAAAGGCUGUGAGUGACAGCAGGUGACAGGCUGUCAGCUCACACUUGUGUCCCAGAGAAGCUCCAUGAUAACAGCACAAAGUCAUCUUAUCAGCUGCUGGAGAACCCUGGGCAGGGAAGACAUCCAAUCCCUCCUUCAUGAUUUUAAAUAUUGAUCAGAGACAGCAAUACCUGUGUGUUGUUGCGGGAUGUCGUGCGCUGGUGCAGGAGCUGCGGCGUACCCGGUGUGCAACCACCGUGGGCAGGAUCGGGGCUCUGCUCUCCAGCUGAGCACUCUGAGUGGAAAGAGCAAAUCUGCAGCGCUGUUGGAAGUCAGAGGGAACCUCGGCACCAUGCAGUAUUCUCCUGUGGCACUGAACCCAGAGCCCUCCGUGGAUAAGGGAUCUGGGAUUGCCCAGAGCCCCGGGGAAGGCACAAAGGCUGCAGCCUGCUUGGACAGUGGAGCUGGCAGGGCUCGGACCCCGGAGUGCUUCCAGAGCCAAUAUCUGACCAAAACCAGCACCCAGGGACGGGUCUACAACUUCCUGGAGAGGCCCAGUGGGUGGAAGUGCUUUAUCUAUCAUUUUGCUGUAUUUCUCCUGGUGCUGAUUUGCUUAAUAUUCAGUGUACUGUCUACUAUAGAACACUAUUCCGAAUUUGCCAUUGGAACCCUUUUCUGGAUGGAAAUAGUUCUGGUGGUGUUUUUUGGUGCUGAGUACCUGGUCCGGCUGUGGUCUGCUGGCUGCAGGAGUAAAUAUGUUGGCUUCCAGGGAAGGAUCCGGUUUGCCAGGAAGCCAAUAUCCAUCAUUGAUCUGAUUGUGGUAGUAGCCUCAAUUAUUGUCCUGAGCAUAGGAUCGAAUGGGCAGGUGUUUGCCACCUCUGCAAUAAGGGGGAUCCGAUUUCUCCAGAUCCUUCGGAUGCUUCACGUUGACCGCCAGGGAGGCACCUGGAGACUCCUGGGGUCAGUGGUCUUCAUCCAUCGACAGGAACUCAUAACCACGUUGUACAUUGGAUUCUUGGGAUUAAUUUUUUCAUCCUACUUUGUUUAUCUUGCUGAGAAGGAUGCAGUUGAUGAGGAUGGAAAGACAGGUUUCUCCAACUAUGCUGAUGCCCUUUGGUGGGGUGUGGUAACAGUCACGACAAUUGGCUAUGGAGACAAAGUUCCCCAGACGUGGAUUGGGAAGGCAAUAGCUUCCUGCUUCUCAGUAUUUGCCAUCUCCUUCUUUGCCCUGCCAGCUGGUAUUCUGGGGUCUGGUUUUGCCCUGAAAGUACAGCAGAAGCAACGUCAGAAGCAUUUCAAUAGACAAAUCCCAGCUGCAGCUUCCCUAAUUCAGACCCUGUGGCGCUGCUAUGCAGCAGAGAAAUCCUGCACCUCCACGGCCACCUGGAAGAUCUAUGUGACAGCUCCCAUGCAAAAUCCCAAAAAGUCUCCAGCGCCAUCUAGUCCCGGUCUGAGAAAACAGGCCAGAAGAUACAGAAGAAAAGGGAAGCUGGGCUGUGGGAAUGGUUCUGCACCUGUAAUAAACCCAGGAGAAAAUUCCUUGUCUGUUCCCCAGAUCACUUAUGAUCACAUUGAUGAACAAGAGGACAAAAAAGAUGUGUCUUUCUACAUUGAUGAACCCAAAGUGAGAAGACGCUCAGAAGGGCACACCCCAGACAUGUCACGGGCCAGCAGCUUCACUGAUGACACCGACCUGGCACCCGAGGAGUCCCCGCUGCCAGCGGCAUCCGACGUGGCACAACUGACUGAAGCACACAGAACAGCAGUGAAAGUCAUCAGGAGAAUGCAGUAUUUUGUGGCCAGAAGGAAAUUUCAGCAAGCUCGGAAGCCGUACGACGUCCGUGACGUGAUUGAGCAGUACUCCCAAGGACACCUCAACAUGAUGGUUCGCAUAAAAGAACUUCAAAGAAGGUUGGACCAAUCCUUGGGAAAGCCAGGUCUUUUCCUCCCAGAAAAAGGGGUAGACAAAGGAUACUACAGUAUAGGAGCCAGACUGAUCCGGCUGGAGGAUAAGGUCGUGCAGAUGGACCAGAAGCUGGAUGACAUCCUGAGCACGCUGCAGGCUCAGCUGGGGGAUCAGCCCCAGGCACAGAUGCCAGGGCCAGCCACCCCACCUGUCAGACAUGCACAGAGUCUCCCCCAGUGAAGCAGAAAAUGUGAAAGCCAGUGGACAGCUACAUGUGACCCUCUCGCUCUUUCACGUCCAUGUAUUUCUCAGCCUUGGUGUCUUCAGCUGUGCCGUGGGUGAAAUGAAAUAUUCUG